GGGAGGGUAUUCUCCUCUUUCCUCUCCGAGGCGAGUGCAAAGGAGAGGGUGAGUGGCUAAGACUUGUUGAUGUGGAAGAUGGGUUGAUCUAUAGACGGAAACAAGAGUCACCCUUCAUCGUUUUUCUUAAAGCGCGGGAUUGAUGCCAAAUGCGCUUUUGCGCGGGAGAGGUGUGCGUGUGCAAUGGUGCCUAUAGAUAGCCUAUGUGUUUCCAUGCGGGGUCUCCUAUCCUGUCUUUUCGAUUACGCACCUGAUUGCUGUCUCUCCAACGAACGGUGGGUUUAAUAUGAAAUCCCCCACAGCCGUAUUGUCUCCUCCGCAUCCGGCAGCGUAAGUUUAUCUAUUUGUAUGCAGUUGUCACACCGCCCAGACGUCAUCCGCACAGGACCCGGUUAAGCUUAGGUUAGCCUACAUUUUCUUCUCUCUCCAAUCGGUGUACAAUCGCCCAUGUUGUGUGUGUGUUUCUCUUGGACCACAAUACCAAUCUACAAUGACAGCUCAGAUGUGAAGAGAAGUGGACUAUACAAAGAGAAGACGUGAACACGCAUCAUGCAGCCAUGCGCUCGGAUAGGUAUAGCCUAUAUUGCUAUUCAAUAGGCCUAGAUAUAGCCACGUUUGAUAUUUACGUAUUACUUUGAUGUCGUAUUUAUCGUACUGACAUGUAUUGGUUAAUAUUUGACUCUCCAAGAUGAAUGGCCAUUUCAGGAGCAGUGUUGCGUAUUGAAUGGUCAGCUUGGCUAAUAUUUCUGCGUAAACGUCGUGUUAUAUUAAGCUGUACCCUGGCGAGUGAGUGCCUAUCGUCCGACGGUGAAUAUCACCCAGAAAAGCGCGUUUGUUUGUUUGUUUGGACGGCUGGCGGAACACACGCGCGCACACACACUCAACACAGCGUGGCCACCGCUGUCCAGCGUGCUGAGUUCUGAAUCCUGCACCGGUCUCCAGGACGAGAGGAGGGAAGGAAGACAAAAGGAGAAGAAGAGACAGGAGUGUGGGAAGGGGAGGCUACAACACACACUGGACAUUUAGCAGGGGAUGGAAGUGAAAAUGUCACCCAAUAAAUCGAAAAUUAAUACGCAGAUAUGACUGUUGAGCAAUCUCGUUUGGGGUGAGUUUUUGCCAAGCAAUUUCACCAGACUCCUGAUGAAAAUAUGGAAUGAAAUAAUUUUAUGACAACAGUUUCAUGAUUCUCACGAACCGUACAAUUAAUGAUAACGCAAUGUUUCAUAAGCACUAAAAUGUAGUGUCUGUACACUAAAGGCAGUUAUCAAAAAGUAGACUACUAUUUAAAUAUACCUGAUUCUACACCACGGACCGUCGAGCCGCCAAUAUGGGACUGUGACCGUGCUGCGAGCGACUAGAGGCGGUUGUUUAUGUGGUCUGUGCUCCGUGUGCGGACGGAGUGCGGACCGGACCUGAGCAGCAGUGAGACAUUGAGCCAUGGCAGCCGCUAUUGCCAGCGGUCUGAUCCGGAAGAAGAGGGAGGCACGGGAGCAGCAUGUAGACCGACCACCCCCAAACAGGCGGAGGAAGAGCCCCAGUAAGAACAAGGGGCUCUGCAAUGGCAACCUGGUCGACAUCUUCUCCAAAGUGCGUAUCUUCGGCCUGAAGAAGAGGAGACUACGGAGACAAGAUCCCCAGCUCAAGGGUAUAGUGACCAGGUUAUAUUGCAGGCAGGGAUACUACUUGCAAAUGAACCCAGAUGGUUCUCUCGAUGGGACCAAGGAUGACAGCAGUAACUCCUCUUUGUUCAACUUGAUUCCUGUGGGUCUCCGAGUUGUUGCGAUUCAGUCUGUGAAGACAGGGUUAUACAUCUCCAUGAACGGGGAGGGCCAUCUGUACACAUCAGAACUCUUUACGGCGGAAUGCAAGUUCAAAGAGUCUGUGUUUGAGAACUAUUAUGUGAUCUACUCGUCGAUGCUGUACAGGCAACAGGAGUCAGGGAGAGCUUGGUUCCUGGGGCUCAACAAAGAGGGCCAAGCCAUGAAGGGGAAUCGAGUGAAGAAAACAAAACCAGCUGCUCACUUCCUGCCCAAGCCAUUAGAAGUUGCUAUGUACAGAGAGCCAUCGUUGCAUGAUGUAGGAGAGACCAAAGCGCCCAAAACAGCCGUCCCUCCCAGUAAAAGCACAACCGACCCCCCAGUGAUGAAUGGAGGCAAACCAGUCAGCAAGCCUACUACUACUACUACUACUGCUACUGCUGCUAAGCCCCCCACAUAGCCACAAGUCACCGUGUGUGUGUGUGUGUGUGUGUGUGUGUGUGUGUGUGUGUGUGUGUGUGUGUGUGUGUGUGUGUGUGUGUGUGUGUGUGUGUGUGUGUGUGUGUGUGUGUGUGUGUGUGUGUGUGUGUGUGUGUGUGUGUGUGUGUGUGUGUGUGUGUGGCUGGAGGGAGGGAGGGAGGGAGGGAGGGACGUACAUGAUGGAGUCAGGGAUUUUCCCUACCAGACUCCAAACCUGCACCCUCUUUCUUCUGUGGAUUAGUUCCAGGCAAUCUCUCGGUCCUUCCUUCCUUCCUUUCUUCUCCUCUCUCUCUUUCUUUCUUUCUCUUUAACUCAUCAAUGGGGGAUCGAUGCAGAAGGGUGGUCGCCUCCGCCCCCACCCCCCAAAACAGAAGGAAGAGUGACUCUGACAAUGGAAUCCGUAAAAAUGAUGUGUGUUUCACGGCCACAUGUGAUACCUUGCUUGCUGACGGCAACCCAAGACCACCCCCUCUACAUAUAUGCCCUGUUGCAACAGUGUGUGUGAUUAAGAUCUAUUUUCUAUACCACAGUGCACCAGCUAUGUUCUGGGGUAGAUGCUUUACACACAUAGUAAAAAAGAAAAUGGACUGCUAUCUUCUACUUUUUACAAGUAUAUUCCCGUCUCUUUCUCUUUCUAUUCUCACAUUUUUCUCUUUGUUGAGUAACUUAGAAAAAAAGUACAUUUUGCAGGGGCAGUGUGUGGUUUUGUAAUACACGCAUUCAUGCCGAUGUAUACUCAACACACACAGACACAUUGACACUGAAAUACACACACAAUAAAUAAGAUGCCACCGGUGGCGUGGUUCCAGGGACUCAUUUAGGAAGUCUGGUGUUAGGGAAGCACUACAGAUACGCACGCAUGCACGCACGCACGCACGCACACACACACACACACACACACACACACACACACACACACACACACACACACACACACACACACACACACACACACACACACACACACACACACACACAGCAUCUACGUCGAGGGGAGAGUCAGAGUCUCAGGCUGCGUGUUGCUUUUUUAGAGCUCAAUAAAGAAAGACUGGAGGACAGCUCACACAAUCAUAGCUGAUGAAGUGCUAAUUACCCCCACUGCAAUCAAUGCGAGGAGCCCACACACACAUACAGACCCAGAUGUGCGUGUGUGUUGGAGAAUGCUUUAACAAGUGGUGUAUAGGUGUAAACAUAUCACAAUCUGAUCCUACCAGCGGUGAGCUCUGCCUCAUCCGGUCGGGAAAUAGGAACCUGAAAUCUAUUUUUCUUAAAUUCUUAUUUCUGAGCAAGGGCUCUAGGAAUAUCUAUAGGCCUUGUAGGCCACAGUCCCUCACUCGCUGACUUCUCUGAAUAACGGUCUAGGCUAGUGGCUUAGACUAAAUGGUUCAAGCCCAACGGCAGCAGCCAUUUUACAUUCACAUUUACUCAAGGUUUGGCUGCAUCCCCAUUUUGUUCAGGAAACUAAAGCAUGGGCAAGGUUAGUAUUGUGUUCUAUUUUUCUUGCAGAAUCAAUGCAAGAGAUGGCUUAUAUUAUAACAUUUUCACUGUAAAAAACAAAAGAUUAUACUACAUAUUCUGAGAUGUUACGAGAAGAUUUUCUCCUAGCUCAGCAUGAAGAGUCCAGUAUCGCUCAUCUUGGCCUAUUACGUGCCUGUUUAGACCUUGAUCCCCAGCAUGCCAGUACAUAUAUCCAGUCACAACUGGGCCUAAGGUGUCUCACCCACCAAACACAUCCAAUAAAGACCUAGCAGAAUAUUCUCUCAACAACCUUUACAGAUGACAGAGACUGAUUCAUAAAAUGACCAAAGUAUCCAAGAAGCCAGAACGAUACCACAGUUGUUGCUGUGUGGUACAAUGGCAACAGCAGCCGACUGCAUUCUGAUUCGAUUUUCCUUUCUCCGGUUUUGCUUUUUUCCCACUGUGAUUUACCAUAUGGUUCAUUUUCACAAAAAUAAUCCCAUUUGACGAAUCGAUUCUCUGCUGGCCUUCUUGCUGAAGCUUUGAAAGGUCUUGAUUGAUGUCAUUUUGGAUCUUGCGUUCAUAUGAAUCAAGGUUUUGGGAUACCUAGAAACAUUUACAUGCAUGUUUUUCCACAUAGGACUAUGGCAGAGUUCCCCAACUGGCGGCCCGCGGGCCAAAUUGUGGUUUUAUUUGGCCCCCGAGUUUACUGAGCAAAAAAAAAUGUCAUUGUUGUUGUUGGACAUAAAAGACUGUAAAAACACCAGGAAAUCAGUGAUUUUAAUUUGGGAAAUCUGUUAUUAAGUAUUCACCCGCAUAAAAGAUAGACACGUGAUCGCAUACACAUGUAAGCAAGGUUUAAAUGUUAUCUGUUUGGGCUUCUUGCAGUCUAUUUGGAAUUGACAAAUGAUU